AUGCUUAUUUACAAUAACAUUGGUAACAAUACCCAAUGGCACGGCAUUUUGCUAAAUACCGGCGCGGCAGCUAAUUUAACGCAUUGGCGCGAUUAUUAUACUGUUAGGAGCACGGGCGAAACCGCCCGGCAAAAAGCGGGGAGCGUUAAAUGCACGGACGAAACCGCCCGGCAAAAAAGGAAAAAGGGGGCGCUGGCAGCCAGCCGGGCACGAACCCCCCGGGGACAUGCCGGCAAAUUACCGGUAUCGCGGCUAAAGUAUAAUGGCGAAGCUAAAAGAUAA